AGCAUCACGUUUUCCAUGCGUAAUCAAAAUAGGUCACGCCCAUGGAGGACUCGGCAAGGUCAAAGUCGACAACAUCAAUGACUUCCAAGAUAUGGCGUCUGUCGUGGCAGUAGCACAGAGCUACUGCACUGUGGAACCCUACAUUGACUCCAAGUAUGAUAUCCACGUACAGAAAGUGGGUAAUAAUUACAAGGCAUUCAUGCGCAAGUCAAUCUCUGGCUGCUGGAAAACCAACACCGGUUCAGCCAUGUUGGAACAGAUUACAAUGCCGGAGCGUUACCGCACGUGGGUAGAUGAAGUAUCAGAUCUCUUCGGAGGGUUAGAAAUCUGUGCCCUGGAAGUAGUGGUUGGAAAAGACGGACGCGAGUAUAUUAUCGAAGUGAAUGACAGUGCGUUGACUCUUCUGGGCGAUACGCAGGAAGAGGAUCGAAGGCAUAUUGCUGAUUUGGUUGUGGCUCGCAUGCAGGCUAUUUGCAGGCCCAAAGUUGGUGAGGAAAUGGGAUCUGAAGAACCAGCACCACCUCCGGUUGGACCAAGAGGUAUUCUUGGUAGUUUGACGAGUUUGACCAGUACUGGUUCUGGUGCGUCGCAUCCACCAUCUGAACCCCCACCACUACCGCCAUCUGGGGAGCAUCCGUCGUUGUCAAGUGUUGGUCGGCGAGACAGUCAGGUAUCACAAACAAGUCAGAUUAGCGGAACCGGUGCUCCGCCCACUGGACGAUUACCGGAAACUCCACCACGACCGGGCUUCCAACGGCAGGGCAGUCAGAGCCAGGCGGUACCUGAGGAUUCAGAGGACACGAUGAAGAACUUGAGGAAAACAUUCGCCGGUAUUUUCGGGGAUAUGUAAACAAUUAAAGAAAAAACAAAAUGGCAGCAAACCACAAAUUGAAACAAAAUGGCGUUAAAUCAGUCAAAUGUCAAUAGGAACAAAAUAAUACCAAAAAAAUCAAAAACAUACAGAUAAACAUGCGACAGGUGAAAAUAUUUUAUCUAUGAUAAAGUCCCAACAUCAUUUGAAGGUCAAAGGACGACGCUGUGAGUACUCGCACCUCUCAGUAGACUAAUUAGUUUUAAUGACUCUACUCGAGAGAAAUAUAAAAGCCGUACUAAUGAUGCUAAUUAAAAGAGGAAGAUGGCGUUAAUGUCGGACAUUUUGUUGUUUGCUGCCGUACAACUCGUUACUUGACAGUUGACAGUUAACAUCAUUCAAUCAACACGCUCCAUUUUAAACUAAUAACUACUAAUAUAACGAUGCAAUAAAGAUGAAGAAGUUGAUUGAUAAGUGAAGAAGACAAAAUUAGGAAUUAACACGCGUUGCAUAACGGAAAAAAGAGGAAACCAUUACACAAACAUGCAAAACAUUCACAACGUUAAAUUGGUGUCAAAUGUUUUGGCACACAGGUUUGCACGUUUUGACAGUUAUAUAAAGACAUGUUAUAACCACUGCCUAUGGCCGGGUGUUUCGCCAUUUUGCAAAACAAAGCAAAGCAAAAUCCACUCAGACGCGAUUGUUUCAUAUCGGUAAAGAAGAUUUCUGUAAAAAUGUCAAAAAGACAAGAGUUGCGUUUUGUUUUGUUUUGUGCAAUGAGUCGUAACACCUUUGUUAUUAUGUUAGACGAAUAGUUGUUAACGAAACAAUAAUAAGUAAGUACGUGUACGUUAUAUACAUUAAAAAUUACUAUACAUACUAUACAUAUGCAUAUACAUACAUACAUAAUAGGUAUAUAUACACAAAAAACAUUUUAAACAAAUUUUGAAAUUUGAACAAUUUUCAAAAACAAAACCAAAAAAAAAAACAAGAGGAAUAUUAUUAAGUCGAUGUUGAGUAUGUGUAGAGACAGAUUGCACCAUGUGUUAAUUAAUGCUCACACGAUUAGCGUACAGCCGACGAUGCACGAUGAAUGUAUGUAUGUGAUGCGCUAGUCGUCAUCAGAUGGCGUUAAAGUGCGUCGUCGCUCAACUGGCACCAUAACGCACUUGAUUUAUAACCACAAAGAUAAGGAAUGAAAUAGAUACAGCCUAUACUAAACAAAUGUCUUCUAACAUAACCAACAACCUAACCUAUUAAUCAGUCUGUGUCAUAUUAUUAAGCCAAACGCAACCAAAAACCAGAACAAAUGACAACACAACAUAUAUGUAUAUGUAUAAGAGUGAAACUAAUACAAAAAAAAUGUCUGUCUUCUCAAACUCUCUUCACUGUAUUUAAAUCUUCUUCUCUGUAUGUAAACGUAAUCGUAAAUGCAAAUAACGAACGAUGCUAAACAAUGACGUCACAAACAAAUAUGUAAAAUGGACAAUAUUUAAAAUGUAUUCAAAUGAAGAUGAUGACACACACAAGAUGGCGACUUGCAGAUGAUAUAAAUAUUAAAUGUGACACAUAUGUUUGACAUUUGAAGCCGAGUCGAGAUGCAUCGAGAUUGAUUUAUGCAACGAAAAAACUCGUUUAGAAAAAUGACAUGCGACACCUCAGAGUCGAUACUAAUACAGUUUUCUUGAGAUUGAGGAUAAUAAUAUUGGCAUUUUAAACAAACUAUAAACAAACAAAAAAGACGAGUAGAUUUUUCAUUAUACAUAGAAAAAGAAAACAGUUUUGAUGAUAUUGAUAUAAAUAUUGAUGAGAAUACAACCAAAUAACGAUGUACUCGAGCAUAGGCUACCGUUAGUUAAUAUUAUUAUCAUAUUAUCAAUGAAUUAUGUACUUUAAGUAGGUGAUGUAGAAAGUGCGCGACGUCAAAGUCAAAAUGUCAAAAAUUGUUAUGUUAUGUUAGGUUAAAUAUUGUUACUUCACAGUUGACUAAUUUUAAGGUUAAGUUAUGUUGCGCUACUAAAACUCACUCGAGCAACUGCGGAUCGUUUGGGAUUUUUGUACCCGUUAAGUAAAUUCUCUAUAAAAACUAAAGAUGGCGUUGGUUACGACGAUUGACAGCUGUAAAUGUCACUGAAUGUAAUAUAUUCCCGCUUGUAGCUUUACAUACUAGCGCAUGAAGUAAGAAUGUAAAUGUACCAGCAAAGCUUAUGUAAUUUGCUUCUAGAGGGCAGCACUACUACUAAACUAACCAAAACUGUACAUUAUAAGAAUUAUUUAAAUAAUAAUUAAUUUAUCUUUGUCUUUGUUAACUUGAAAGGUCUAAAAUGUAAAACGUCAUAUCAGGUUAUGUGUUAUAUACGUAAUGAGGUUAUGAUUGUUUUGACAGGUGUCUUGACACUUGUCUGACAGACUUUGACGUGGGGAUGCGCACGACAAGGUUGUUUAGCUCUCCCAGCUUGCGGAUAUUACGUUUCAAGCAUAUUGUAUAGCGUUAAUAAUGAAAUAACAAAUAACAUUAAUAAGAUUAGUAUUAUGAAGCAAACAGCAAACAAAAAUAAAUUACAACAAAAACGAAAUACUGAUUAAAUGGAAAAUACUAUGAUAAUAUUAAUAUUAAUAAAAAUCAUCAAUAUAAAAGCAAA